AGGAUAACCCUAGCGUCUUGCUAAAAAUCCUUCCAACACAAAUAAAACAAAAAAAACGGCAGUGACGGUCUCACAAGAAGAAGAAUUAGAGAUGUCGAGAAAAGGUGGAGCUGAGCUGCAAAAGGAUGCGCCAUGGCGGGUUUCAACCGGAAAACCCGUCCCCAAGAUACACCAUUCCCCUGUUCUCCGCAUAUCCCAAAAUCCUUAUUCCAAUUAUGCCAUCGCCGUCAUGAAGCACCCGAACCCGAUAGGAGAUGGGUUAGCAACGGAAGCAGUGGUGGAGUCUGCAGGACCUGAUUGCAUUGUACCAGGCCAGAUAAUGCCCGUUAAAUUACUUGGGGUCAAGGUAUGGCCUAUCAGUGUCGACCUGAAAUUUUUGGAACCAGUUGGACGAGAACUUAAGUUGUUGGGAAAGUUCAUGGACGAUGCAGUUACUCUCAUGAACAAAUCAUUCAUUGACCGGUAGUGGCAUGCAGCUGCUGAUUCAGGGUUGCAAAUUUUCAUCCAUUGUGGCAAUGAGCAGAACCUAGCAUAGCAGAGUGACUAUAAAUGAGAUUCAGAUGCCUCUUUUUGCUCCUUGUUCUCUUAUAAAUAAUAAUAAAAAAUAUAUAUCUAGGUCAGAAACUAGAAAAGCUUGAAUGCUUGAUGUUGUUAUAUUAUAUAGUCAGAGUGAAGAUGGCACUUUUUUCAUUGUCUUUUGGGGGUCUAAGAGUAUUUUGGGGAAGUGAAGUUACUUAUUGCUGGAUGCAUUUUAUUAUAUCGUGAAAUUUGAAUAAAUGUUUCUACAUUUGAAAUUU